AUGGGCAAGCACAAGGACAAGGCUGACAAAAAGGAUAAGAAUCCCAGCGCAGAAAAGGAGAAGAAGAAGCGGAAGCGCGACGAUGUCGAGACUGCAGGUCAGCAGCAGCCGGCAGAAGCCACCCUGCACGCUCAUAAGAAGCAAAAUGGCAGCAAGAAGUCCGAGGACGUUGUAGCAUCGGCAGCAGCAGCAGCAGCAGCAGUGGAUGCGAGCGCCAAGAAAAAGAAGAAGCACAAGUCAUCAGCGGCGGCUGGGGAACAGCAGCAGCAGCAGCAGCAGCAGCAGCAGCAGCAGCAGCAGCAGCAGCAGCACCUGCAGGAGGAAGGGGAGCAGCAGCUACAGCAUGAGGGUGCGGCAGCUGCAGGAGCGCGUCCCCGCCCGAUGCCAGCUGCGCCCACGUUUGACCCCCUGCGCGAUGGCGACAAGACCUUGGCGGCCUUCCGUGCCAUGAGGGCGAGCGGCGACCCCGACCAGCUGCAGCCGUGCUGGCCCCUGGCGGGCAGCGCGCCGGCAGCCAAGCGACCGCUGGCGCCGAUGGAGCGCGUGCUGGAGGGCAAGGCGGAGCUCUGGGUGAUACAGCUGCCGGGCCAGAUGGAUGCGGAGGCCCUAGAUGGCUGCGUGCUGCAGCUGGACGAGCGGAUGGCCGCCAACCCUGCACGUGCGGGGGACAUGGGCACGCUGGAGCUCGCAGCCAGCACGGCCGAGGAGCUGGAGCUCGUUCGGCGCUUUACACUGCGCCAGGAGGGCGCCGCCGCCUGCGAACCGCUCUUUGUGGCCGCGCCCACCGAGCGCUCGCGCGGCAGCCUGGAGCCACUGCGGCCCGCGCGGCGGCUGGUGGUGGCCGAGGACGUGGGCGCGGCAGACGAGGCGCUGGUGGCGCGUGCGCAUGCGGAGGAGCCUGCGCUGCAGCUGUACCCGCAUGCGAUGCCGCCUGAUCGCGGGAACCGGCUGUUGCAGAUGGAGGGCCGCUUCCGACCGCCGCCGGUUGAGCCGCUCGCGGGCACAUGGCCGCCGCCCGGCUGGGCGCCCGGCGCAGCUCUGCAGGAGCGCGACCGCCGGCGCGCCGCGCGCCGCAAGAAGGGCCUGCCCGAGGUGGACCCGCGGGACGAUCUGGAGCAGCAGCGGCUGACAGACCUGCGUCCGGCGGCCGGCGCGCCAUGGGGCGAGGCUGGCGGGCGGCCGCUGCCGCCGCAGUGGCGGGCGCUGCCGGGGGGCGGGCUGGGGGCCGUUCCGCUAGGCGAUGUGGAGCAGGACGUGAGCGUGGCGUACCAAUACUCGUGA